CUCUGAGCUCAUUUCUGUGGUAUACUACAGAGACUACAGAGACUCACUUUGUGUGUGUGCAUUUAUAAGCAGAUACACCCUGAUAAAACAUGACGGUCAUACAAGGUUCAGACCUAUUAGAUAUGAAUUUCUCUUAUGAUUAUUAUAAUUAUAGUGAAGCAAAUUGUUGUGGAGAAGUCUGUAAUCAGCACACAAGUAUGCAUUUUGAAACCAUCUUUACUCCCAUUCUGUACUCUGUGGCAUUUGUGCUGGGAAUGAUGGGUAAUGGCCUGGUGCUGGUUGUGCUAUGCCAGAAGAGACGAACAUGGAGUGUGACAGACGUCUUUGUCCUACACCUGAGCGUGGCUGACAUGCUGUUACUCCUCACUAUGCCACUUUGGUCAGUGAAUGCAGUCAAUGGAUGGAAGUUUGGCACCGGUUUCUGCAAGCUCGCCGGUGCGCUGUUUAAGAUCAACUUCUACAGUGGCAUCUUCCUCCUAGCCUGCAUCAGUCUCGAUCGAUAUUUUUCCGUAGUCCAUGCAGUGCAGAUGUACUCACGCACAAGACCAUUGCGUGUGCAACUCAGCUGCCUGGCUGUUUGGUUCUUCUGUUUUCUUCUCUCCAUACCUGACUUAAUGUACCUGAAGGCUGAAAACGACCCUAGACGAGGCGAUAAAAUUGAGUGUGAUCACCAUUACCCAACUACCACACUCCGUCUGGCAUCACGUGUGAUCUACCAUGUUUUGGGCUUUUUGUUUCCUGCUGUUGUUCUGCUCUACUGUUAUUCUCGGGUUCUGCUGAGGCUGCAGUGCGGAUCACAGGGCGCGCAGAAGCAAAGGGCUGUGCGAGUCGUCCUUGCCUUAGUGUUGGCUUUUUUCAUCACCUGGACACCCUAUAACAUCACCCUGCUGGUAGACACUCUCUACAACAACCAAAGCAUCAGCAAUAGCACAACCUGCGCUACCACCACAGUGUUGGACAUUGCCCUAACUACUACCUCCACACUGGGCUACUUGCACUGCUGUGUGAACCCGGUGCUCUAUGCAUUUGUUGGAGUGAAGUUUCGGCGCCAUCUGCUGGACAUGAUAAAACCGCUCAGAUACAGGCUGCAAACCCGUGUGGACACAGUGUCUCGCAAGAGCUCUGUAUGGUCUGCAGACACAUCACAAACCUCAGCUUUCUGAUCCGGGAAUACACACUCUCCUGAAGCAAAUUUGGAUCUUGACGUUUGAAUGCAACAUAUUGAGAAGAAAGAUUAGCUUUGAAAAUAGGAUCGAAAAAUCUGCUACCCAGGGAAAUUUUUAUCAUUCAAACCUAAAACAUUCCUGCCAAGUUAUUUUCCUCAAGCAAAGUUACAUUGUUCUCUGUCAAAAGGGUUAACUAAAAACUAACAAAAGCGUACAAACACCCAUACUAACUGAGUUUUAAGAAACAAUUAACAGUGCGUUUGAAGUGUACAUGGUGAAUGAAGCACACAAGAAUUUGAAUAACUCAACCCUUUUAUCAGAAAUUCUCAAACAUGUUAUGUAAUAAUAACAUAUUCAAGAAUAAUAAUUCAAGUACAAACAAAUAAUGGUUUGGAUCUUUAGAACUGAUAAAGUAUAUAGUUUUUAUGAAUUUCAGAUCAUAUGAUAGUGACUAGUCUUUUAUUUUUAAGCAUGGAUAAAUUAUAGAAAUCUCAGGAAAGUACAUGCUUAAUCAAUUUAAAUAGCCAGUUCACUCAGGCUCUGUUUAAUCUAGAUUAUUUUGGAUGGUUUGUGUUUAACUGCACAAAUUUAAAGGCUCCUUAGACAACAAAAUGUCUGUAGAUUAGUCUAGUGUACCAUACUUUCUCUUCUUUAUUUCGUCAUUUAUUUCCUGUGUCCGUAUAAAAUCUGUUGAGAAUGUGGACAAACUAAUUUCAUUACAACAGGAAAUUUAACAGUCUGUAGUCCUUGAAGAAACACCAAGACUGAAUGGUGACACUGUAGAAGAAAAAAGGGUUGUAUCUUGAUCUGACAUUGCUCUAAGAAGGAAUGGAUCGUCUUUAAUGUUUUCAGAAACUUUCAGUCAAUUCAAUUCUGCUAGCUCAUGAAAUACAUUAUUUUAUAAUGCAUUAUUAUUAUUAUUAUUAUUAUUAUUAUUAUUAUUAUUAUUAUUUUUGCAUAAGCUCAUGAGCAACUGAUUUGACAAGAAUUAGAUGCUAAAUGUAUCAGAACUUCAUGUAAAUAUUCUAAAUGGUUCUUUGCUUAUGUAUAUGUGGGUAUUUCUUUUAUCACACAUCUCACUUCUACCACAUUUAUUGACAAAACAGACCUCACGAAUAAUGCUAGUGAAUUUUACUUCUCUGUUCUUGCUGCAUCACUGCUAACAUAGUUGUAGGUGGCAGUAUAACAUAUAUUAUAGAUAUUAGAUCUAAAGAUAUGAAUAAGGGCAAAUAUUGCAGCACAGACUAGUCAAGAGUACACUGGUCAUACUGGCUGUUUUUAUAAGAGUAGAAAAGGCAUAUUUCUUACAAGUAAAUAGAGUAGGUCUGAAACUCUGAUAUGUCUGGUAUUUUUAAAAAUGUGAACUGUAUUUUAUAGUUAUUUUUGGUGUCAUUAUCAACGUUAAAUAAAGACUGUAUUGUUCGUAUAAACAGA